AUGAAUUCGACGCUACUUGCAGCUCCCCCUGACACUUAUUGGGGCCACUUCGAGGAGAUAUCGAAGUACAACACUCACCUGAAUCUGAUCGAGAAGCUAUGGACAACGUGGUAUGCGUGGAUGCAGAAUGAUGUGCUCGCUACAGGCAUCAUGUCUUUCUUGAUGCAUGAAAUUGUUUAUUUUGGGCGCUCUUUGCCUUGGAUCUUUAUCGACAGUUUGGGGUUGCUCAAAAACUACAAAAUUCAGAAUAACAAAAUACCCUCGUUGCAGGAGCAAUGGAACUGCGCCAAGUUCGUGCUUCUUAGCCAUUUUACUGUUGAAUUGCCUCAAAUUUGGCUGUUCCACCCAAUGGCUCAAUUCUUUGGACUUUCCACCUCGGUUCCUUUCCCUUCUGUGUGGACCAUGGCCUAUCAAAUUGCAAUUUUCUUUGUUUUGGAGGACACGUGGCACUAUUUCUCUCACCGCGCCCUUCACUGGGGCCCCUUAUACAAGGCCAUUCACAAGAUUCACCAUCAGUACUCUGCACCUUUCGGCAUGGCAGCCGAGUAUGCGUCCCCAAUUGAGGUUAUGAUUCUUGGGUUUGGCACUGUCGGUUGUCCAAUCCUCUGGUGUGCGGUGACUGGAGAUCUGCACAUCUUCACUAUGUACGUUUGGAUCGUGUUGCGCCUGUUUCAGGCCAUCGAUGCGCACAGCGGUUACGAAUUCCCUUGGAGUCUUCACCAUUUCCUCCCAUUCUGGGCUGGCGCUGACCACCACGACCUCCACCACGAGAAAUUCAUUGGCAACUAUUCCAGCAGCUUCCGGUGGUGGGACUACUUGCUUGACACUGAAUAUUCCCCCGAGGCCCUCAAGCGGCGAAGGGAAAACAAGGCUAUCGGGACAACGAAAAAGGCGGAAUGA